UUUGGAAAGGUCCGUUCAAAUCUCCAGACCCCAAGGAAUAGACUCUUCACUUGCGCAAAUACACCAGGGGCUCAAAGGCUCCUGCCAAGUUGUUAAGCAAGUCUGAUUUCAAGGAGAACUAGGGACAAGGGGGAGGGGCAGCGGCUCCUUUCCCCACAGGGGCAGGUAGGCACCUCCCCCACCCUCACUGCCCCCUCCUUUCAGCUUCCUCGCUCACACCCACCCACACAGCCCUCUCUGUUCCCGGCUGGAGAGCCUUUCUCGGGCGCCAGCGGGCAGCAGUGGAGCCAGCCAGCAGAAGCCAAGCUGCAGGACUGGGCUGCGCAGGAGCUCUGCAGCUAGAAGCUGCAGUCUAGGGAGCAUCCUCACAUUUCUUUAAUACUUCUUUCUCUUAUUAAAUACUUCUUUCUCCUUGGCCACCACAAGUUGGAAGAUCAGGGUGAUUCGAAUAAUUGGCACAGAGGUUUCAUUUGUGGCCCUUGAAGAAGUUCUGAGCAAGUCAUUCAACGGCAUCCACGAAGACAGGGCUAGUUCAGCUUCUGGCUCUGCUUCAGACAGGCAGAGCCCUCCUGGAGCCAACCUGAAGCCGCAGGAGGAGGUGCUGUGGAAGUGAUGGCUCUGUCCAAGUCCUGGACCAAGGUAGCAUCUCUGGGUAAGCAGGUCUGAUUACUCCUGUGGCUCAGAGACCCUAAGUUAGAGACACCAUGAUGGAUGAUGACACUGAGUUGAGGACUGAUGGAAACUCUCUCUUAAAAGCUGUGUGGCUAGGGAGGCUUCGGUUGACCAGACUCCUCUUAGAAGGGGGAGCUUACAUCAAUGAAAGCAAUGACAAAGGAGAAACAGCUCUCAUGGUGGCAUGCAUUACCAAACACGUGGACCAGCAAAGCAUUAGCAAGUCUAAGAUGGUGAAAUAUCUGUUGGACAACAGGGCAGACCCCAAUAUCCAGGAUAAGUCUGGUAAGACUGCGCUCAUCCAUGCUUGCAUCAGAAGGGCUGGGGGAGAAGUGGUGUCCUUACUGCUGGAAAAUGGAGCAGACCCCAGUCUUGAGGAUCGAACUGGGGCCUCAGCUCUGGUUUAUGCAAUAAAUGCAGAUGACAAGGAUGCACUGAAACAUCUCCUUGAUGCCUGCAAAGCCAAAGGUAAGGAAGUGAUUAUUAUAACAACAGACAAAUCAUCUUCAGGCACCAAAACCACCAAGCAGUAUCUCAAUGUCCCUCCAUCACCCAAAGUGGAAGAUAGACAGUCACCACCACUGUGUACAACUCCUUCUGAUGUUGAACUGAAGACUUCUGGCCUGGCUUCUCCACCCAGUGAAAAGGAUGAUGACUUCUUCAUCCUGCAGACAGGACACCAAAGUGGCUGUAGCACUUCUAAGGUCCUUAAUGAGCCUGGAUCACCCACCAGGAAAGUGUCUAGCCUCAAAAGGGCCCGUUUGCCCCAAUUGAAACGACUCCAGUCUGAACCCUGGGGCUUGAUUGCUCCUUCUGUGCUGGCUGCUGCCACACGCCAGGAUGAGACCCAUGGCACAAGCACAGACAAUGAGGUCAUCAGGAGCAUCAAUGAUGUGACCUUCCCUAAAAGGGGGCCCCUCUCCAGAACCAACAGCAUUGACAGUAAAGACCCUACCCUCUUCCCCACAGUCCAGGAACAAGUUCUGAAGGUUUCAGCUUCAACACCAGCUUCGUGGAAAGCAGCUUAUGAGAAAGGCCAGGCUCCCCAUCCACGCCUGGCCAGGAGAGGAACGCUUCCUCUUGACCAAGAAAAGAGUGGGAUGUGUCCACCAGGACCCUCAACUCUGAAAGAUCCAGCAUCUCUCAAGCUGUUGGAAAAUGACCUAUAUGACUUAGACAUACAGCCAGUGGGUGACCCACCCAACUCUAUGUCCCUUGAGUCAGGCAAAGGACCUUUAGAUAGAAAGAAGCUCAACAGCUCCCACUUGUCUCUUUUCCAUGGCUCCCGGGAGUCCCUGGAAGUUGUACCAAGCACAUCUCCCACCUCAGUUCGCCGCAGGCCACCUCAUCUCCUAGAAAGAAGAGGUUCUGGAACUCUCUUACUCGACCGCAUUGCUCACACGAGGCCUGGCUUUCUGCCCCCUUUAAAUGUGAAUUUAAAUCCACCUAUCCCAGAUAUUAGAGCCAGCAGCAAACCAGCUUCCCCACUUGCUAGUGGCUUAAAAUCUAUGGCUCCUGUUGCUCCAAAUUCACCAAAGAGAGUUGACUUGAGAAGUAAAAAGAAACUCCUUCGAAGACAUUCUAUGCAGAUUGAGCAGAUGAAGCAGCUGUCUGACUUUGAAGAAAUCAUGGCUUAGAACCCUUUAAAAACAGUCCCCUAACUCUUAAUCUUUAGAAUAGGGAAAGAACCUAAUCUAGAGCAACACAUCCCAUAGCCCCCCUUCACCCCAAUCAUGAUGUAUGGCAACAUCAGAAAACAUGGUGACAUGGUGUAAGUUCACUUCUGAGUCAACCCCACGGGUUAUUUGAGAGUGUCAGUUCUGAGAUGAUUCCUGGGUGUUGCUGCUGAUGCUGCUGUUGUUGUGCAUACUAAAAAGAGCUCAUGUUAACUGGCUUUUGGAGAUGAAGUUACAGAAACAAAAUAUAUCCCUCAAAGGAAAUAUACCUUCGUAGUUGGAAAGUAACCAUGCAAUUUUAAUGGUUAGUAUUUUCUGCCACAAAAGCAGAGAACAGAGAUUUAAAAUAUGAGGUUGUAUUUGGAAUAUGUCAUUUGUAGUGUAUAAAGUGUCUAAAAAGAAAAUGAAGUUUUCGUGUUUUUUGGAAUGUGGAAAAACUCAAAGCACCACAAUCUACUAUAUCUGAACACCUGGGUUCUAUAUGAUGAAGGAGAAACAAAGUGUUUUCUUGUAGAAGAAGUUUUAGCACGUCCCACCUCUUGCGGUGCUGUGAGCAUUGCGAAGAAGAAAUAGGGACCAUUCAGAUUCCUUACUGAUAUUUCUUAUUCACAUACUAAUCUGGAUGUGCCAUAAAUCCACAAAAAAACACUUUUAUGUGACCCUCCUCUGGUAUGCCACAGUAGUUGGUAACUCAGAGAUGAACUAUCCUUGAGAAAUAAAGCCAGAACAUCACAAAGACUCCACGAUAAAACUAUAGAGCAUCCCCUUAGAAAAGACACCCAUAAUUAAUUAAGUCGGACUCAAACAUGAUAUUAUUGGCUGAACUGACCUUUACAAAUGUCUCCUGAUUACAUCAAAAACAGUUUGGGGAGAUUUAUGGAAAUCAUAAUGAUAAAUCAUAAUGAUAAAUCAUAAUGAUAAAUCAUAAUGAUAAAUGACCAUGAGAUGUCUACAGAUUAAGCAGUAUAGUGGGUGAUUCUCCAGCUGUAUGUAGCAGGAACCAGUUCUUUUUUUGAAGCCUAAACAUUUAAUUAGUGUGUGUGUGUGUGUGUGUGUGUUUAAACCUCAUUCCUCUUCAAUGAUCUGAGUAAUUUUAGGACAAGCUGGUUUCCUCUUUACCUGCAUCAUCUAGAUGAUGGAGGACUUAUAUAAAGCACUUCUACAGUUCUUUCAAGGCAUGAGCAAACCCCACCAAAGAGGAGGUACAUGGUGUAAUGUAGAUACACUAUAAGUGAGAGGAUUCCUAGUCUUCCCCCAUUUAUUUUUCCUCCCAUACUGUGAGGUGCAUUUGUUUGGUGGUUAAGAAGCUGAGGUAUCUCCAUAGACAGCAUCAUGUAGAGGAAGUAAUGAUGAGGGCUUACAUCCCAGCCUUUUCAUUUUCUAGUAUUUGAUUUUAGGGAAGUAGCAAUACUACCUCAAGUUUCUGUUACAUCUGCUGUGAAAGGGGAUUCACAAUGACUAUGAAGUUGUGCUAAGGAUUAAUAAUGAAGUAUUUAGAAGUGUCAGAUUAUGUGCCUGGCAUGGGUAUAAAUCAUUAGAUAAUAGUUAGCUACUCUUUAAGUUAUUUCUUGAGAUCCUAGAAAUCUCAAAAAUCUCAAGCAGAAAUGGCACCCUAUUCAAAACAGAGGCAACCUUAGAUAAAAGAUGCCAGUGUCUCUAUAAGGCCCUUAAUGAUUCUAUAAUAUCAGUUCCCCAAAACUCAUUUGUCACAUAAAACAAUUGCCACAAAAGCUACAUAUCUUGUGUAUCUCUAUAAGAUCAUGUGAUGAAAAUUUAUCUACAUAUUUCAAAACAUUUGUUAAUAAUAUUUAUAAAUAAAAUGAAAUGCUUAUUUUUUAAAUGAAUUCCUUUAAUACAAGUACUUACUAGAUCUCAGAGCUUUUGGCUCACAGGACUAGUAACUGUUAUGGGGGUGUAUGCCCUAGACAUUGUGAAAUGAAUAACAAUAUCUCUAGCACUACUCAGUAGAUGACAGUCUGACCCCUCCCCCAAAUUAUGAUAACCAGAAAGACCCUAGACAUGUCCAGGUGUCUCCCAGCAGCAACACUGCCCUGGUUGCUCACCAAUGUUUUUAAGAAAUAUAGUAUAUAAUAGAAAUAGACCAUGAACCACAAAGCAAAUUGGAGGUGUGGCCUUCCGAACCCCUAGCAAAUGCACACCCACGGGGGUAUUAAAGGUUUGCAGUUUGCAGGAAAGAAGCAUAUUAGAAGCAAAGUUUACUAAGUAGUGAAGGUCAGGGGCUGUAUGAACUCGGUUUAGUGUAAAAACCCUUUAAGGUUUUCAGAACUGUUCAGUAGUUCUCAAUAAGUAGUCGUGGUCACAGGCAAAUAUCAACUCUGAAUGCAUUAAAGAGAGAAUCCUAGAAAUCCUAGACUGGUUUCAUCAUAACACACACACACACACACACACACACACACACACACACACACACACCACUGCACAUUUCAAGUACAUUUUAAUCUGUGAUUAAUGCUAAUUGGAAUUAACCUCUGCUAGUUGUUUCUAGCUGUGAGGAUAUGAAGACACUACAUUAGAAAAUUUCCUAAGCCUUUAGCUAAGAUUGGAAAGCCUAAUUUGUCCUAAGUAGUAACUAUGGUACAUACAUUUACAUUAGUUAACUUAGGUAAAAUACCAGAUGAGAAAUUGCUCAUUCAGAGUAGUCAGUUCAUUGCACAAAAACAUAAGAUCAGAUAUUUUCAUGCUGGUGUCAGCCAGCUGUGACCUUUCCAUCAGCCUUUCUCUAGAUAGUCAUCAGGGCAGCAGCUCAUUACUUUCUGGUGAUGUAUUAGUCAAACUAGACUGUCCUAAGCUAGCAUGAUGGCCAGAUUACUGCAUCACUGCUCAUGCCUAAGUAAUAAACUUCACAGAAACACUUUUUAAAAAUGUUUUAAAUCCAUACACGCUUUCUAGUCAGGUUAGCAUUUCCCAUUGGAAUCUAGUCACAUCAGCUUCAAACUACGGUUUUAAUAAUCUAGCCACUUAAGUGUCUUGAUUGUUCCUAAAUAUAAUUUAGAAAGUGAGCCUUCAGCUUAAUGUCUAGCACUUUGGUUUAAUUUCUAGACAUUCCAAAGCCUUUUUUGUGUUUUAUUUUGUUAUUUUUUGUUUGUUUUUUAAGACAAACUACUAUUGAUUCUCUUAGAACUUUGUCAGUGGAUGGUACCUUGCCUUUGCAGGUUGUAUGUGACCUUAGAUGGCAUCUUACACAUGCAGAUUAUAUGUGAACUUUCUGUUUUCUGUAUCUUGGUGUUUUUGAGGUAGCCUCUGCUGCCUGACGUGGUUCUCUUCAGUGCUCUGUCCUACUCUCAAGCAGAGGAUUGUGCAAACCUAUCCAAGUCUGUGCAAUGAAACCAUCUAGAUGUUUCUAAGAUGUCAAUAAAAGAUGUAUUACAAUCCUUCAAUACAAAUGACUUUUCACUUUCUUUUUCCUCAGGGACAUUUCAAGGGUAAGUAUUGUCUCUGUACAUUUUAUUUCUUAUAUUUUAAAGACAGAAUCUCACUAUGCUUGAGCUGGUAUAUGGUCUUUAAGAUGAUAUUGCCUGGAUCUUCCAGCAACAUCAGCUUCAGUAGAUCCUGAAUAUUUUACAAUCACACAAUUUGAAAAACAAACAUUAGGUUUUGUGAACAUUGUGGUUGGUUUCUCUCAUGUGAGAGAAGAAUUUAAUCAAUGAGAAUGUGUGUUGCUACUUUUGAAGAUAAAGGCUUGUCCCUGUUUCUUAGAACUCUCAGGAUUGCUUGCAUCCCCUCAGGGAUGGUAGCACAGACUUAUAGUCACUGCAUAUUCCUCUUCGCGUUCUGUAAGCAUUUUUCUGUUUGCUCUCAUUCAAGAUUAGGCAGAAGUGUAAAAUGAACUAUAUGUAAUAUUUCCCUUGUCCUGUAAAUACUAGUGCUUGGGGACUCCCUGGACACUGCCAGACUUUGCCAUGAUUAUCAUCCAUGAUACAAAAAUAAAGUUAGUCAAUAAAUGGAGGGUGGCUAGAGGAAGCUCUGUAUGUUACACCAUUUCUAUAAUGACAUAUGAUGGUAAUUUAUCUAAAUCCUCAAAAGAGUUGUCAGUGAUAUUAUAAACAAAACAAAAUGCUUAUUAAAAUUUUAUUCCUUUAAAGCAAGUGAUCACUGGAUCACAGACUAGUUUUAACCUGUUUUUUUCUCCAGUUCUGCACUGGGGAAAGGCAACCUAAUAUUGCUUACAAAUCCUUUGAGAAGAGAGAUUGUGAGUGACAGGCCUGAAGGAAGAGAAAAUCCUGGGGGAUAUAGAGGAAGCAAUAAGGAUCAAAGCUAAACUGGCUCCAGGGAGGCAGGGUGCAUUCCCGAGACUGAUAAAAAGCUUGGAAGCUUGAGACCCAAAUAGAAGUUUGGAUCCAAUGACUGCAAACUGCUCCUUUUCAGAGAGAAAUGACUGCACAGCCAAGCCUGGUGGGAAGACAUCCCUGACAGCUAAUCUUAAUUGUCAACUUGAUGAGAUUAUGAAACACCCAAGAGAUUAGUAAGGCUCAUCUUUAGGUAUGUCUGGGAGGACUUUUUCUGGGAGCAUCAAACAGAGACAAGCUUCUCUGAAUGUGGGUGGUACCAUUCCCAUAGGCUUUGGCCAAGGAGAGUAGAUGGGAUGAAAGGUGAUGCCCUGAUAUGACUGUUGUGCUUCACUGUCCCCUCCCCAGUGAUGGACUUCAACCUCAAAAAAAUAUGAUUCAAAAUAAAUCCUUCUUCCUUUAA